AUGAUCGCACAGGCCCUCGCACCCUUCGCACUUCUUGUCGUUCCUCACGACCCGACGCUACUCACGAACAGCCCAUGUUUGGCGGACGCUUACUAUGGACAGUACGGACUCCAUAACGUAUUCAUCACUGACGAUGCGUGUCUUGGCUCGUCGGGCGACUUCCUCUCUACAGGAUCUAUUGUGCCGGUGAUUCUUUCAAGCGAACAGCAGCUUGUCUGGCUGGAGCACAAGGUGGUAGACGAUGCGAUCAGACCUGCGAUAUUUGUCGACGAGAUGGAUGCCUUCCUCGCCGAGCUGGUUGACAUUGAGUACCCUACUAUCUACGACGCCAAUACGGCGUACGACUCGGAGCAGCUCGCCAUCACGUCCGUCCAGUCUUCCAAGGUGCUUUACCACACGCCAACUAGUGUCCUGCUCUCUAUUCCAUCUGCGCUAUUCCCUUCGCUUGACGGGAUCCUCCCUCGCUUCUGGACGCCCACACCCUUGCCAGACGCGCCCGUGCCUUUUCAACCUGUCCCGGAGUCCUCUAUCAAGCGCGUGCGCGAGUUACUUGAUCAAGUGAAGUAUGAUUCUGCCAUUGCUGCGCUCGUUGGGAGCAUCUCGCUGUCUCAGAUGCGGAAAGAUGCGCGAUACCUCACGGGCGAGGAUCCCGAGUCGCCUCUGAUCUCGCGUCAUUCGUUCUCCCAAGGGGCUUUGGACGCCGCGGACUGGCUCAAGGAGCAAUUUGAGAGUACCGGUGCGAGCUGUGAACUGAAAGACUUCCUCACGGGCUUCGCGCCGAACGUCAUCUGCAAGUACGCUGCUGAAGAAGAAACGACCGAGACGCUACUUCUGAGCGCGCAUUAUGACAGCCGCGGCUCGUUCGGGAGCAUGCGUGCCCCGGGUGGGGACGAUGAUGGUUCGGGGACGACCGCGCUCCUCACCAUCGCGCGCACGAUCGGAAGUAAGGGCGUGGUGUUCCGCAAGAACGUGCAGCUGUGCGCGUUCGCAGGCGAAGAGCAGGGACUGCUCGGCUCGAAGGCGUAUGCGCGGGAGAUGCGCGCGGCGGACGCGGAUUUGACGCUUAUGAUCCAGGCGGAUAUGUUGGCGUACCAUGUCCCGGGCGAGCCCUUGCAGCUGGGACUGCCAGAGUUCGUUGGGACACCGGAGGUGGCUCAGCUAGUCUCAAACAUGUCGGCGUUGUACAGUCCCGAGCUGAUGGUUGGGUAUACUCGGGCUUGCUGCAGUGACCACCAGAGCUUCCAUGAACAGGGCUUCCCUGCGACACAGGUCUUUGAGCGCGCAGGACCCAUCGCGGACCCCAUGUACCACAACAGCGGUGAUCUGACCGUCCGCGAAGGAUACGAUUUCGAACAGGUUCGCUCGAUAGCGAAGGUGCAGUUCGCGACACUGUUGCAUUCGGCCGGGUUUGAGACGAAGCAGUAG